UAACGCCAUUACCGCCAGAGCCGCGGAGAGCACUGGCGGGCGGUGACUGGACACCGGACCGGCCGCGCCAUGAGACUCCUCUCCCGCCUGCUUCUGCUGCUCUUGCUCGUAUUCCCCGCAACGGUCCUGCUCCGCAGCGGCCCUGGAGGCUCAUUAGCUGCAGCUCAGGAUCUCACAGAAGAUGAAGAAACGGUAGAAGAUUCAAUAAUUGAAGAUGAGGAUGAUGAAGCCGAGGUGGAAGAAGAUGAACCCACAGAUUUGGCUGAAGAUAAAGAGGAAGAAGAUGUAUCUGGUGAACCUGAAGCUUCACCAAGUGCAGAUACAACUAUCCUGUUUGUGAAAGGAGAAGAUUUUCCAGCAAAUAACAUUGUGAAGUUCCUAGUAGGCUUUACAAACAAGGGUACAGAAGAUUUUAUUGUUGAAUCCUUAGAUGCCUCAUUCCGUUAUCCUCAAGACUACCAGUUUUAUAUCCAGAAUUUCACAGCUCUUCCUCUGAACACUGUAGUGCCACCCCAGAGACAGGCAACGUUUGAAUAUUCCUUCAUUCCUGCAGAGCCCAUGGGUGGACGACCCUUUGGUCUGGUCAUCAAUCUGAACUACAAAGAUUUGAAUGGCAAUGUAUUCCAAGAUGCUGUCUUCAAUCAAACAGUUACAAUUAUUGAAAGAGAGGAUGGGUUAGAUGGAGAAACAAUCUUUAUGUAUAUGUUCCUUGCUGGUCUUGGGCUCUUGGUUGUUGUUGGCCUUCAUCAACUCCUGGAAUCUAGAAAGCGCAAGAGACCCAUACAGAAGGUAGAGAUGGGUACAUCAAGUCAGAAUGAUGUUGACAUGAGUUGGAUUCCUCAGGAAACUUUGAAUCAGAUCAUGCAGAGUAGAAGAGAUAAAGCUUCACCAAGAAGGUUGCCCAGGAAACGGGCACAGAAGAGAUCAGUGGGAUCUGAUGAGUAAAUGUUCCUUUGUGCAACAAUUCAGUCUUUACUUAACCUGCCCUAAUGUUUUUCGGCCUGAUGGGAAUUAGUGCAGAGAAGCCAUAUCACCAUAGAAGGCAACUACUACUUAUGUGUGGACUGAGCAAUCAGAGUCUGUGGCGAUAAUAUUACUGAAAAUGCACUGCAUUCAUUUUUCUAAAGUAACAAAUUUGGUUUUUUUUAAGCCAUUAAAAUCUAUGUGUGUGCGUGUGUAUGUAUGUGAGCAGUUGGUGUUACCAGAAUCAUUGUUGAACUACCUGAAGCCUGCCUUUAGAAUACUAAAUACAAUGCUGUUGUGUCUCUUUUUGACAUUUUCUGGUACUUCCCCCCCCUCCCCGCCAAAACUCAGUGAAUAUUUGUCCAAUACGAUUGUAAAUGUCCUGCCUUAGAUUGUUUUAAAGAAAAUAGUUUGUUUCUCUUUUAGAAUUGCUCAAAUCCAGUUGAUGGAGCAAAUUAGUAUUCUUGUUGUUGCUGUUUUACAACUAGUAUUCUAAAGGCACAAACAGGAGUAGCUGCUUUUUAGCAAUAGAAUUGUUUUGGUAUUUUGCUGCUGUUUACCAUAAUGCGCACCUUCAGAAAACUUCCCAAAUGAGUCCAAGGAAUUUGGGGAUUUCUAGCAACAAAAUUGUGAAGCAUGAGAAUUCUGCUGAUUUUGAUAUAUAAAAUCCACCCCUUUUUCUUUUUUUACUUUUUUUUUUUUUUUUUUAAAGAAAAUGGUACAUUUGUGGGACCUGAGUUGUGUUAUUCAUUGUUUUCUUUCUGACCCACUUAGGUUUUUUUGUUUUUUUAAGAGAUCAUAUUUUUCCCUUAAUAGGAGUAUCUUGCUUGAAAAAAAAAAUUGCCUUGGUCUAUAGACUAAGCAAAAGUCAGUUUAUAGGGGCAGAGAUAUAUUACAAGUAAUACUAAUCUGUAAAAAAAAAAAAAAAAAGAAUUGGAUAUUUUUUUAAGUAGUUAACCAGUUGGUUUUUUCUAAUAUUUUUGGGUAAUUUGUUCAGAAAACCUUUUUUAAGUAAAUCUGAAGAAUUCCAAAAUUUUAAGCACUUAAGAUCUCAGUACCAAAAUUAGAUUGGACUUUGUAAAAUCCUAUUAGAGUCACUCUUGUCCCAGGUAGUAAAUGAAGUUUGGCAUUAUUGUCAGACUGGAUAAAGAGUAAAGUAAAAUAGUGUGAACAGAUAAGAGGCUUUUCCCCUCUGUCUUUAAGCCAUAUUCUCCCACAUAUAUUUUGUAAAGAAAUGGUAAAUGAAAUUCUAGUGGCUGUUUAAUUCCUGAUCUGUCUUUAAUACAAUGGAUUUACCCCUCCUGCCCUGUUCUUUAUAAUCCCCGGCCAUUCCCACACGAAACAACAGCAAAACAAGACACACAAACAAAAAAAUCUUACCAAGUUCUUUAAGUAUUUAAACAUCUGAGCCAAAGCCUAUGACAAUAGAAUAGAAGUUAUUGUUGUAUAGUUGUUAAUCACUUCGCAAGUAGGGGCUAAGGUGUCAAAUUCUCUAUAUUGGCAUUGCUGAACUAUAAACUUUCUAUAUCUGUAAUAUAAAGUGUUUUGAGUUUUUAAUUGGGCUGUAUGAUCAGUAGCUUAUUUUGAAAAAGCUCUAUGAGCUGUAAAAACUGCAUGUUUUUUUGUUUAAUGUAAUAUAGGAGACCCUCCACCUUCUCAAGGAAUAUAUUUCAAAACAUUGUUUUGUGAAUUCCUAAGUUUUUGAAACUCCUAGAACCAUAAUGCAGUUAGGUGUAAUUACAAAAUUUAAAUGGUUUCUAGACAGUUUCAUUGACUACUUGGUGGUACUUAGGCAGUGGCAAAGCCACUGAGUUACAGCUGCCAGCCCUUCUGAUUCCUAAGUAAUUUGCCUUACAUGCUAGCCUUUCCACUGCUGAGGUUCAGAUUAGUACCUCAGAAGUUAUUUGUCAUGUUGUUUAGUUUUUUAGCGCUGAUUGGGAACAGUUGAAAACUCUUAAAUCCUCAGCUGCCAGGGUCUUCUAUAGUAUCAGUAUGUGUUUAGCAGAAAACUAACUCCAUAAUGAAUGGAAUUCAAUUCCACACAUGGUUUGUUCAAGCACACUUAAUAAGUAGCCUAUUUUUUAAAUGUCUUUUUUAAAUGUAAAUAUUUGGAUGAAGUUUUUAAAGUUUGUUUUGAUAUAUUCAUUUGCUACACCAACCAUGGUUUCAGAACUUACCUUUUGAGCAAAUUGGUUUCAGAAUCUGUAAAAUGAACCAAGAAUCUUGUGUACCAAACCUGUCACGCAGACAUGUGAGAAUAAUGUGUUCAUAAAGCAUGGAUCUUGC